CCGAGGGGGCGGGCGCCGCAGCCUUUGUUGCCCGCCGGGCGGAGCCGGGCCCGACGCCGGUGGCUGCACGCGGGCCGGGCAUGUCCUGAGCCGGACCCGGACCGCGCAGCGACCGGACGGGACGGACUAGAGCGUGCGCGCGGGGUCGCCCGGCCAUGCCCGGCGGCCCGAGUCCCCGCAGCCCCGCGCGGCUGCUGCGCCCCCUCCUCCUGCUGCUCCGCGCCCUGGCGCUCGGCGCCCCCGGACCCGCACCAGGGCGGCCGACCGAGGCCCGCGCGGCGCUGGACGUCGUGCACCCCGUGCGCGUGGACGCGGGCGGCUCCUUCCUGUCCUACGAGCUGUGGCCGCGCGCGCUGCGCAAGCGGGACGUGGCCGCGCGCCGGGCCGCGCGCGCCUUCUUCGAGCUGCAGCUCCGCGGGCGCGCGCUGCGCUUCAACCUGAGCGCAAACCCGCACCUGCUGGCGCCCGGCUUCGUGAGCGAGACGCGGCGGCGCGGCGGCCUGGGCCGAGCGCACAUCCGGGCCCGCGCGCCCGCCUGCCACCUGCUCGGCGACGUGCGGGACCCCGAGCUCGAGGGCGGCCUGGCGGCCAUCAGCGCCUGCGACGGGCUGAAAGGCGUGUUCCAGCUCUCCGGCGAGGACUACUUCAUCGAGCCCCUGGAGGGGGCCCGCGCCCGGCCCGGCCACGCCCAGCCCCACGUGGUGUACAAGCGCCAAGCCCCCGGGAGGCCGGCCGAGCCCGGUGGUGCCAGCGCUCCAGGCGCCUGUGGGGUGCGAGAGUCCCUGGAGCUGGAGUCUCGACGGGAGCGUUGGGAGCAGCGGCAGCAGUGGCAGCAGCAGCGGGCGAGGCGUCUACACCAGCGCUCGGUCAGCAAAGAGAAGUGGGUGGAGACCCUGGUGGUAGCUGACGCCAAGAUGGUGGAGUACCACGGGCAGCCCCAGGUCGAGCACUAUGUGCUGACCAUCAUGAACAUGGUGGCCGGGCUGUUCCACGAUCCCAGCAUCGGGAACCCCAUCCACAUCACCAUCGUGCGCCUGGUCCUGCUGGAGGAUGAGGAGGACGAGCUGAAGGUCACGCACCACGCAGACAACACGCUGAGGAGCUUCUGCAAGUGGCAGAAGAGCAUCAACAUGAAGGGGGACGCACACCCCCUGCACCACGACACGGCAGUCCUGCUCACCAGGAAGGACCUGUGUGUGGCCAUGAACCGGCCCUGCGAGACCCUGGGCCUGUCCCACGUGGCGGGCAUGUGCCAGCCCCACCGCAGCUGCAGCAUCAGCGAGGACACGGGCCUGCCGCUGGCCUUCACUGUGGCCCACGAGCUCGGGCACAGCUUCGGCGUUCAGCACGAUGGCAGCGGCAAUGAUUGCGAGCCGGUGGGGAAACGGCCAUUCGUCAUGUCUCCGCAGCUCCUGUACGACGCGGCCCCGCUCACCUGGUCCCGCUGCAGCCGCGAGUACAUCACCAGGUUCCUCCACCGUGGGUGGGGCCUGUGCCUGGACGACGCUCCUGCCAAGGAUGUCAUCGACUUCCCCUCGGUCCCACCCGGCGUCCUCUACGACGUGAGCCACCAGUGCCGCCUCCAGUACGGGGCCUACUCCGCCUUCUGCGAUGACAUGGACGACGUGUGCCACACGCUGUGGUGCUCCGUGGGGACCACCUGUCACUCCAAGCUGGACGCAGCCGUGGACGGCACCCGGUGUGGGGACAGCAAGUGGUGUCUCAACGGGGAGUGUGUGCCCGUGGGCUUCCAGCCCGAGGCGGUGGACGGAGGCUGGUCCGGCUGGAGCGCGUGGUCCGCCUGCUCGCGGAGCUGCGGCGUCGGCGUGCAGAGUGCCGAGCGCCAGUGCUCGCAGCCCGCGCCCAGGUACAAGGGCAGGUACUGCCUGGGCCAGCGCAAGCGCGUGCGCCUCUGCGGCCUGCAGCCCUGCCCCCCCGGCCGCCCCUCCUUCCGGCAGGUGCAGUGCAGCCGCUUCGACGCUGUGCUCUACAAGGGCCGGCUGCACACCUGGGUGCCGGUGGUCAACGACGUGAACCCCUGCGAGCUGCACUGCCGGCCCUCCAACGAGUACUUUGCUGAGAAGCUGCGGGACGCGGUGGUGGACGGCACCCCCUGCUACCAGGGCCGGGCCAGCCGGGACCUCUGCAUCAACGGCAUCUGCAAGAACGUGGGCUGUGACUUCGAGAUCGACUCGGGCGCCGUGGAGGACCGCUGUGGUGUGUGCCACGGCAAUGGCUCCACCUGCCACACCGUGAGCGGGACCUUCGAGGAGGCUGAGGGCCUGGGGUACGUGGACGUGGGGCUGAUCCCAGCCGGCGCCCGCGGGAUCCGCAUCGAGGAGGUAGCUGAGGCCGCCAACUUCCUGGCCCUGCGGAGCGAGGACCCCGACAAGUACUUCCUCAACGGGGGCUGGACCAUCCAGUGGGACGGGGACUACCAGGUGGCCGGGGCCACCUUCACCUACGCACGCACCGGCAACUGGGAGAAUCUCACGUCGCCGGGACCCACCAACGAGCCUGUGUGGAUUCAGCUGCUGUUCCAGGAGAGCAACCCCGGCGUGCGCUACGAGUACACCGUCCGCAGGGAAGCCGACGGCCACAGCCAGGACAAGCCGCCCGAGUUCUCCUGGCACUACGGGCCCUGGACCAGGUGCACGGUCACCUGUGGCACAGGCGUGCAGCGGCAGAGCGUCUUCUGUGUGGAGCGGCAGGCGGGGGCCGUGGACGAGGGACACUGUGACCCCCUGGGCCGGCCCGACGACCGCCAGCGCAGGUGCAGCGAGGAGCCCUGCCCUGCCAGGUGGUGGGCAGGCGAGUGGCAGCCCUGCUCCCGCUCCUGCGGGCCGCGGGGCGUGUCCCACCGGGCUGUGCUGUGCGUGCGCAGCGUGGGGCUGGACGAGCAGAGCGCCCUGGAGCCAACCGCCUGCCAGCACCUGCCCCGGCCCCCCGCUGAGAGCCCCUGCAACCGCCAGGUCCCCUGCCCGGCCACCUGGGCCGUGGGGAACUGGUCUCAGUGCUCGGCGACCUGCGGGCUGGGCACGCAGCACCGAAGCGUCCUCUGCACCAACGACACAGGCGUCCCCUGCGACCAGGCCCAGCAGCCGGCGAGGGCGGCUGCCUGCCCUCUGCCCCCCUGCCCACGGCCCCCCCGACACGCCGGGCCCGAUGGCUCGGGCAGCGGCUCCUCCAGCAACGAGCUCUUCAACGAGGUCGACUUCGUGCCGCGUCCCCCGGCCCCCCGCCCGAGUUCCCCCGCGUCCCCUGGGCCGGCCACCAUGGGCAAUGCCAUCGGUGAGGACCUGGACCCGCCGGGGCCCGUGUUCGUGGACGACUUCUACUACGACUACAACUUCAUCACCUUCCACGAGGAUCUGUCCUACGACGCCUCCGAGGAGCCUGACCCAGUCCUGGCGGGAACGGGGCCCCGGGCGCCCCCACCCCAGAGCAGCCCCGCGGAGCCCACAGGCACCCCCCUGCCGGCCACGCGGCCUCCCGCAGCGGGGGAGGAAGGCGCCCCGGGAUCCAGGCCCCCCGGCCCUGCCCCGGCCCCGUCCUCCGAGCGGACCCCCGGGACCCCCCUCGCCAAUUUCUUGUCUGAGGAAAACGUCCCCGCGGGGGCCCCGGGCCUCGGGCUCCCCAGCCUGCCCUGGCCGCUGACCGCAAGCCCGCGGCGCCCACCCACCGGCUGCCCCCAGAGCCCAGACGAGCUCGCGGUCGGGGAGGACAGCCACGGCCGGCCACCCCCUCGGUGGCAGGACAGGACCAAUGAGGUUUCCCAGGACAAUGAGGACCCCGUGGGCCGCGGGGUGCAGCCCCUGCCCCGGACGCCCCCUUUGUCCUCUGUGGGCCCCGCCCCCUCCUUGCCUGGCCCUACUGUGCUGGAGCCAUGGUCGGGGGGCCCGGGCGCUGGGGGGCCAGCUCCAGAGGGCAGCGCGGCCCCUCCGCCCCUUCCUCCCACAGCUGCUCUGCCAGAGAAGGGUGGGCACGGCCCCCCGGAGCCGGCACCUCCAUCUGCACCCUCAGGCCUGGGCUUGGGGGACCCACAGACUCCGGUCACGCCAGGGCCCCUCCUUUGGACUGGCCCAGGACAUGUGUCCUGGGUGAUGGCCCUGAGCCCGGGACCCUCGGGCCAGCCCGAGCCCCCCCAGCCCAGAGGCCCCCCCCCGUACACCGCCCAGGAAGGCCCCACCCACGGCAGUGGAGCCCCCGGGGCCCAGCCCCUGCCCCCCAGCCCGGCCGAGGAGGGGCCCCGUGCGGACCUGCCGGCUGCCGGCAAUGCCAGCUGGCAAGCAGGGGACUGGAGCGAGUGCUCCACCACCUGCGGCCUGGGGGCCGUCUGGAGGCCGGUUCACUGCAGCUCGGGCCGCGACGAGGACUGUGCUCCCGCCGGCCGGCCCCAGCCCGCCCGCCGCUGCCACCUGCGGCCCUGCGCCGCCUGGCACCCCGGCAACUGGAGCAAGUGCUCCCGCAGCUGCGGUGGCGGCUCCUCAGUGCGGGAUGUACAGUGUGUCGACACCCGGGACGGCCGGCCCCUGCGGCUUCACUGCCAGCCGGGGCCCCCGAAGCCCCCCAGCCGCCGGCCCUGCGGGGCCCGGCCCUGCCUCAGCUGGUACAUCUCCUCCUGGAGGGAGUGCUCCGAGGCCUGCGGGGGGGGCGAGCAGCAGCGGCUGGUGACCUGCCCGGAGCCCGGCCUGUGCGAGGAGGCGCUGAGGCCCAGCAGCUCGCGGCCCUGCAACACGCAGCCCUGCACGCAGUGGGUGGUCGGGCCCUGGGGCCAGUGCUCAGCCCCCUGUGGCGGCGUCCAGCGGCGCCUGGUCCAGUGCGUGAACACGCAGACGGGGCUGCCCGAGCAGGACGGCGGCCAGUGCGGCCACGAGGCCCGGCCCGAGAGCGCCCGGCCGUGCGGCACCGAGGACUGCGGGCUGGCAGAGCCGGCGCGCUGCGAGCGGGAUCGUCUGUCCUUCCGGUUCUGCGAGACCCUGCGCCUCCUGGGCCGCUGCCAGCUGCCCACCGUCCGCGCCCAGUGCUGCCGCUCCUGCCCCCCGCCGGGCCGCAGUGUCCCCUCCCGAGGCCAUCAACGGGUGGCCCGUCGCUGACCCGACCCCAGCCUGACCCGGGCGGGCUGCAGACCACCGACCGACCGACACUGACCUCAGCGCCCGCCGCGGGCCGGUGGCCCUGCCCC